GUCAUAAAUAAAUUAAUGCUAGGAGUCUAGAACUAGGACUUUAAGAGAGAAGUACACCACUUGCUCAUAACACCAUUAUAGGUAUAUACCUACAUUAUAUCGAUAUUAAAGCGCCAAGCACUAGCGUAAGUGUUUACAAAUAGUCCAAAAAAUCCAUCAACACGGCAUAUCAUUGUCGCUCGCUAACAUUUCGAUACUCAUUCACAAAUCUUGCUCCAUUAACCGAACAAUACUGUGUUAGAACAACCAGUCCCAAACUGAGACCAACUAAAUUGUUGAUCUGCGGCCCUUAAGUUAAAAUCGCCCCAAUUUCAAUAACACAAAGUGGCUGCGAAAAACUAGUGAUGUGUAUCAAAGAGUUAAUUAUAACGGUUAUUUUAUUCGAAUUAGCAACGUGUUACGUUAUCAAUAACAACUAUAACAAAAAUGCGUUUGUUGAGAAAAAGAAACCUAGCAAUCUGGUUUUAAUAAAGAAUAAGUACAAAGAUACCAACGAUGGUGAGAACAAGCCUUUAGAUGGCCACGUGGUGUUCCGAGCCAAUUCUCUGGAUGAAGACAAUUUCCCAAAUAAUGAUGUGAAUAUUGUGUCGUACCAGCAGAACAACAAUGUCUUUGAUCAGAUGUACUCGAAUUUUGACAUGGAGCGGAGGAAAAGGUCUAUAGGUAAGUCAGUUAACUAUAGUGUUAGUAAAUAUGUAUAUCUAAAUGUAUAUAAAUAAAUAAAACUGUUUCGAACUGUAAGAUGCGAAAGGCAAUGCGGGGCUUCGCUACUUAAAAACAACAUUUAUUUUCGCCUCGUGUGAGAUCUAUAUUUCCAUAGCUAUUACUUACCUAAUAUCCAUACUUUUUUCACUUCAGGUGAUAAAAGAUCCAAGAACACUGUAGAAAAGCCAUGUAGAAACAAAACUAACUGCAUUGACGAUGUUGAUGAAGACGAUGCCAAUAUUAACCAAAAUACGAAAGGCCCCUUCGUCAAACUUGAAGACUUGCCUUACGUCCUUGCUUUAGUCAAAAAUUAUGAGAUCUCAAAAAAAGAAAUUGAUAGGUUUGAUCAAUUAAAUGAUAUUGAUAGCCUAAUCAACUUAUCUGUUGCACCAAUAAAUACAUCGGAGGAAUUUAUGCAAAAUAAAUUGAAUGAAGGUAAGUCUUCUGUAUCAAAUCCAAUCAAAAGAAGCAGCAUUGAUGUACAGAUUGCUAAAAAGAAUACUCUAGAAAAUAAUCUUAAAUCUGUCGAUAGUAUUCUUAAAGUUACUAGAGACAGAGAAGUUUAUAAAGGUGAACCUCGCACAUGGCCAGAAAAACCAUCAAAUACAGCUUACAAAUAUUCUUCACAUCCUAUAAAUGCUGACAUACAAAUUAAAAACGCAAAAGCCAAAGAACGAACUAGCCAAAUCGACGAAAAGGGACUCAUAAAAGUUUUAUCUAUGCUGACUAAUGCAUUUAAAAAAGUGAUGAAACAGCAUGAUGAUAUUACUAAACUCUAUAAGAAAUUCGAAAAUGGAAACAUUAAAUUAAAUCAAAAUAUUUCGGCUUUCGUCAGUAAAUUCAACGAUUUUGAAACUAAAUAUAAUUUUCUAGUAGAAUAUUUCAAUAAAGUGCCUAACGUCCAGCAAAUGCUGUCGGAUAAAGAAAAGUUCUUUGCAAAAAAGGAAGCUGAAUUGACCAAAAACCUGCUGGACUUGCAAGCACAACAAAGGAAAUUUUUGAUGCAGCAAAAACAGUUUUAUACAGUUCAGAAGAUUCUUUUGGCCCAGAAUGAGAAGAUUAGCUCAAGACAAUUUGUAAUAUCUAAAACCCAACACGACAUAAUGAAUCGCCAAAAUAUCUUUACACGGAUGCUAAAGAAGAUUAAACAAGCUCAUGUUGAUCAACGACCGAAAUUAAGCAAGAUUAAUGAGACUAUCGUUUUAAAACCAAUAGUUACUGUGAAGACUGUGAACCAAGUUGAUCAGACCACUCCGAUGGUUACUGAAACAAGCACACAACUCUUCACAAGCACUCCACAACAGUCUGAAUCAGUAAAGAUUAACCUUUUCUCCAUACCAAUAGAGAAGAAACUCAAAAACCACGAUGCACAAAUUCUUCGAGAAAAAGAUUUCCAAACUGUUGACGAUUUAGUUUACAAAUUCUAUUUCAACAAUACCUUCAUUGAGAGCCUCAUAAAGGCCUCAGGGCUUCUUGCCAGCAUUAUCAAUCAACCGGACUCGCCAACAAUAUUCAAAUCAGCUUUAAAAAGGACCAACAUGGCGCCAGCAAAGACAAUUUAUCGCCAAAAACCUAGCCCUAAAAGCAAUUUAACGGCUUUGAAAAGACAAAGACGAUGGGUGAAGCUUCAUUCUAGAAGAAAACAUUCUACCAAUGGAGUAGCACUUAGCAAUUCAUUUAUUGACACAAACAUUUUGAGUUUCAACGAUAUUGAAACGAAAAAGAAUGAUCCUUUUGUACAAAUGGCAAAGACUUUCUGUAAUCAGAUUGGCCAAAAUGGUAAUGUUCAGAUCCUAAGCUGGUGCAUUGAAAAGGCGUUGAGAAGACUGAAAUAUUUGGGCGUAAAAUCAACGUACAAACCAGUGCAAGGAACGAAAACAAUAAAGAAAGAACUGGAUUUAAAAUCAAAAUCCGGCAUUUCCAAUAACAUGCCUGAGAAGACUGCCAAAGUUGAUUUUAUUAAGAUGGCUGAAGUUACAUCUAGCACCAACGAAAUGAAACUACUUGCUACUACCUCAGCAUCACCUACAUCUUCAUCUACAGCCGCCACCACUGCAGCAUCCACCACACUGUCACCUGAACUGAAAGCUUCUACUGUGUCUGUGUUCUUCCCAGAUAAUACAGCUCUAGAAAACAACUUACAGCAGUAUGAACUGACGGAUGACGAUACCGGCAACGUUUACUUCGAAGGUAGUCUACACGCCAGUGAUGUUGUGCACUCGCAUGAGGACGACGCGGUAUCAGACGUGGUCCCCGGCAUGGACAGCGACUCUCGCGCCGAGGUGGACCCCGCCACCCUGCGGCUGCAGGCACGGAGGCGGGAAAACGUCAGGAGGAUCAAUGAAAGUAUACUGAAACGGAUAGCAAAAGGAUAGUUCAACGGAAACCUCCUGUAACGAAUAGAUGAAACUAGUAUCUACAGGCAACGGUAUACUUAGUCGAGAAUCGAUCCGACGAUUUAUCGAUAGUAAGAUUUUUGCUCCCUAAAGGUAAGCGUCCACCUUUUAGGCGUCGUACGCAACGGACGCAUCGCAUUAUUUUAAAGAAAUUCACAUGUGUCUCCACUUCAUCGGCAUUAGAGUGCGUUUCAUCGGUUAUAAUAUAUGCCGUUAUGUUGGUAGCAAUGGUUUUUAGUGCUGCCACAAAAUUGAAAAUAAGCUUCCCCAAAAAUUUGGUAUUUUUAUGUUGUUUUAAUUUAUUUAUGUAAAGAAAUAAUAUAUUUCUUUACUCAAGCCAUUUUUCACUGUCUCAAUAUUAUGAGCAGGGUAAUUGAUAUAUUCCUUUAAAUAAUAAAUUGUAGCUGCCUGACAUUGAAAAAUUGUUAGAUUUAGUUGUAAAGUAGCUAAGUUGGCAACAUUACAGGCUUGACAAACAGGGGUGCCAACAUAACGGCAUAUCUAAUAUUCUAUGAAACGCACUCUACCUAAGCCGUUUCUCCACACAUAAGGGACAAUCCGAUACGUACGAUACCGUGGACGUUUACCUUUAUAAUGGUACUAGCUGUUCCCGCGAGCUUCGCUUCGCCUUAAAAAUUAGCCUAUGUUCUUUUUCAACUUCUAGACCAUAUUAUGUAUACCAAAUUUAAUUUAAAU